CAGAAGGCGGCAUUGAUUUAGUUUCCAAAGUACAAUCAAGAAUUAUCGUUAUUUCGGCUGAUGUCCACCGGGCAUGUACGGCGUGACAGAGUCUUUGUCUGGGAUUAACGAUGUCUGUGAGUGAUCCUUUAUUGAAGAAGUUAAAAGGUUUUAUCUAUGAGUUGAGAACAGGAGAAGGCCCAGUUGAAGAUGAGAACACUUACUUGAAACCACUCUGUGAAACCAUAGAGGAAAUUCUCAGGAAAGGAUUGAAAACAAGUGGGAUGUUUCGGCUGAGUAAGAAAGAUUACUGGCACUGGAUAGAUUCUCUACCCAACAAUUCAAACAUCAGAGUGAAUCCUAUAUUUUCUAUGGCAGUGGAAUAUGUUCGCUCAUCAAAAAAGCUAAAAACAGCCCAAGGUAGAGGCAGGCUGUUUAUCCGCAGUGCUCUACAGAAGAAAGUUCUGUCUGUACCCCUGGAACAGAUCUUGAAGAAUCAAAAGUUACUAGAGCAAUGGUAUGAUCCCACAGAGUCUAUCCUACACAAUGAAAUAUUGUCAGAAAUCUUAAUGUCUUUGCUGUUUGAGGCCACUGAGAUACAGUUUGACCUAAAUACUAGGAAUUCCAGUUUCCUUGAUGAGACUUGGUAUAUAUCUUGGAGAAGAGAAUAUAAAUUUGUCCUAAUGCGUAUUGACGUAACAAAAAUGUAUCUUCUGUUCUUGCAGCGGUACAGAGACUAUGAAUUUGUCCCUUGUGAUAACCUAGGUGUCCAUGUAAAUUAUAUCAGUAACAGAGCCUUUGUGAUUGCUGUUGAUGAGAACAGUGUAGCAUCAGAAUAUCAUCGAAUUCAGCCAGGAGACAUACUUGAUGAGUUAUAUGGAGAGGCAUUGAAAGGUGUCAAACAGGGAAGAAUUCCAAGUUUACUCAGGCAGAACAAAGGAUGGCCAAUCACUUUAUCUGUUAUCAAGUGCAAAUAUAAAGAUGGCCGCCUCUUCCCUCCUAUAGCAGAAAUGCUGCGAUGCAUGGAUACUGAUCUUCCCUCCCUGUCCUCCAUCAUCAAACAUGCACGUGAAAACAAGGACAAGGUGGAUUUGAACAAGAAACCUCCUCAUGCAGUCCUUCCAGAGGAUGGAUACAAAGACGUCCCUAUACAGACACCAGAAAGCAGAGCCAGGUACAGAGUGCAAUAUGUGGGAAAGACUCAUGUAGGUCAGGAUGGCAGUAUGUGCCAGAUAGAAAAUGCAGUGGCUACUGUACUUAGCAAUAAUCCUGACCACAGGUUUUAUCAGGAUGUUGAUGUGGAGCUGGGGGAGACAGAAGUGAUCACAACUAUUGUGGAAACAAAUCAGGAAAAGUUGCGGCAUGCAUACCCUUUGAUCUCAUCAUGUGGCAGAAGAGAGGACAGUUCUCAAUACUUUGGCUAUAUAGCUGGAGAGACAACCUGCACAAUGUCCAAGGAUUUUAUCUGCUAUGUUUUCAAAGCAAACUGUGAUAAUGAGGCGAGAAUACUCUUAUGUGGAAUAGCUCAAGGAUUUGGAAGAACACAUUGGUUUGUAUAACAACUCUGGAAACACUAAAGAGGAUACAGUAGUGACAUUGCCAUAUUGGAUCUUGUCUCUUUAUCCAUAUGCUCACACCUAGUGGCCAAAGACCCCAAUCUCAUACAGUUAUAAUCUUUUGUUUUGUUUUGUGGAAAGUGGAAUCAAUAUGUUUCUAUUUUGGCAAUGGAAGGGAUGUGUUCCCAUAGAUGCUAGUCUUAUAGGUAGAAUUCUCAGUUUUUGGAAGUGGACGGAAUAGAAUGUGUGUUGCCACAGAUCUCGCAUUCUUAAAUAUUGACAUUUCAGUUUACAGGAAGUGUAAACAAUAUGUUGCCAUGGAUACCAGUCUCUUGUAGACUUAGAUAUGAGUAGACAUUUCAGUCCCUAGAAAGUGAAAGUGAUAUGGCCUGAAACCAACUAAAUCUCCACAUUUAACAUUUGAAUAACUUUUUGAAGUUUGUCAACUAGAGUUAUGCCAAAGAUAUUAAUUUUGUAUUUAACCAGAAAGAAGUGAUAUAUCACAGUCUCUUGGAAAAAUUAUUAGUUUAUAUGAGGUGGAAAUAUCAAUAAUAGAAUUAAGAUUAUGCCAAAGGUACUUGCAAUUAAGCCAAAAGGAAACAAAGUUGUUCAACCUGUUCAACCCAUUCAUAGAUAUUGGGACAAAAAAUACCAAUUUUGGUUAUCAAAUUAGUGCUCCCAUUUUGUUAAUUUACUACCACAUCAGUAGCAUGUUGCUUCAUAACUAUAGCACAUGUAUUAUGCAUUUUUUAUUAUAUAUAAAACACCAGUAAGAUGUUAACCAUUAAAAUGUGUAUCACAUGAAAAUCUGUUUACAUUGUGAAGCACUUAUACCAGUUACUGUACUACUAGUUGUUCUGUCUUGCACAUAUAUAGUAUUAAAUACAACACAAUGCAUUCCAAUGUAUUAUCAGAUACAUCAAAUCUGUAUUUGUGUCUAUGAAGGUUAUUAGACACUCAGCAAAGAUACUGUUCACACUUUUUCUACUCCCUCUGGACUAGAAAUAUAUUAAAACAUAUGUGUAUUUCUAAAAAACAGGUAUAUAUAUAUCCAUUGACUAAAAUGAGACAUGUACAUAACCAUUUGCCACCCAUCCAAUACAAAAAAGUAUUCCUUUCUUUAUUUUACUAUCAUUAUCAUGCUAAAAUAUAGAAAAAUUACUUAGUAUAUAUUCAAGCCAGUCACUGUAGUUUUUCAUCUUACCUGUGUCAUAUAGAAACUGUCAGUGCAUUUUUGUGAGAGUGUCCUAUAGAAUUAUCUUAAUUAUAUGGGACUAUUAUUUCUCUAUGCUCCAGUGUUUAAUCAACCAAACAUUGUUUUAUUCUAUAUGAGUGCAAUACAACCUAGUUUACUGUACUGGUAUAGUGCAAUAGAGAAUGAUAUUUUUCAAGUCUUUUCAGUUUGGAUGGAUUUGUCCUUUCAGAACAAACAUUAGAGCAGUUCCUAAGAAAUUUUUUAGUUGGGGUUUUCAGUCCGUGAGCUAAAUUGUCUGAAAAUUUCUUAAUUCUAUUUGCUCUGUGUUAUUCAAUGUACUGUAUGUGAAAAUUGUGUAUUCUUAUAGAAUUUUGUUGACUAGGGAGUGUCGUGUCUGUGUUUGCUAUUGGAAGGUGUACUUAUGUAUUAUUUAUUACAAGUUAUGGAGCAAUUAUUUUGAAAAUUGUUUAAAUCUACCUCACCUCACAUUGUAGAUGCUGUCAUUUAUGCAGUUACACUGUACAUGUGUUGCACAUUGAUUUGCACUGUAUUAUGUAUAACAUUAAACUCUCUCUGGUCAUCCUGAUUCAGAUUUUGCUGAUAGUUGCAACUUUUUAAUAGCAACACUUAUCAGUUUAUUUCAGCAGAAAAGGGUGUGCCAUAGUUCGUUUCUGUUCAUUUUGUUGACAUACUGUAUUGUUAAUUAUCCUGUAAAUGCUAAUUUACUGUUAUACUUUUUAUGUUAUUGAAUUUAUAUUAAAUAUAAAGUUGCUAUUAUUCAGUUGGAAACAUGCAGGUGCCAUGUGCAAUACUAUUUAUAUAAAGUGUGGAGAUAAUUGAGAAAUCUGUCUUAAGUCACCUCUCUGCACACUGACUAUACAGAUGUACUAGUUCUUGUUUUGAAAUUCUCAAAGUUUGAAAUAAUUCCGAUUUAUCUAUUUUUUAAAUUGUUUGCACAUUUUUGUAU